AUGCCUCCAGUGUUAUCUGCUCAUAACUUUUGUGUUUCCCCUUCAGAGAUAGUGUACGCACUGGAGAAGCUGGGCACGAAGGUGCAAUUGCCACAAAAAAUGAAAUCGGACCCAAGCGCAAGGAGGUCAAAUGUCCUCUACGAAUUCCAUCAGGAAAGAGGACACAAGACCGAAGAUUACAUAGGCCUGCAGCAAGAGGUGGUCAGGAUGUUGAACCAGGGAUACCUAAAGGAACUGCUCAGCGAUAAAGGAAGGGCCAACUUCGCCAGAGGAUGUGACCCGUCUCAAGGACCUCCAAAACCACCAUCGUCGGCACGUACCAUACAUAUGAUCAUCGGCGGCAGCGAUGAUUCGGUAAUCAACCACGUGAAGUUCACCACCACGCAUAAACUCAAACGGACGGUCGCUCACGAACGGUAUGAUGACUUCGAAGAUAGUAUCAUCUUCGGAAAAUCAGAUGCCGACAGUUUGUCUUUCCCUCAUUAUGAUGCUUUAGUCAUAACAUUACGCAUCGCUGAUACAGAUGUAAAAAGAAUUAUGGUAGACGACGGAAGUGGCGCGUGUAUUAUCCACCCGAGAGUUCUCGUGCAAAUGAGGCUCGAGGAUAAAAUAAUACCGCGUUGCAUAACACCAACGAGUUUUAACAAUGCAGUAGAGCGGACAUCCAGGGAAAUAGUGCUGCCCGUCCUCGCUGGGGGAGUCACGUUGGAAACCAUAUUCCACGUUAUGAACCAGGAAACAGCCUAUAAUGCCAUCAUAGGAUGCCCAUGGAUACACACCAUGCGAGCCGUCCCCUCAAGCUUUUAUCAAGUGAUCAAAUUUCCCACCUCUUGGGGAAUAUUCAACAUUCAAGGCGAAUAG